UUUUCACUAAAAACCCCUUCAUAUCCAUGACCAUGACCAUGACCACGGCCAUGGCUUUGAAAGAGGAGUCUUUACCCAUAAGAGCUCGAAGGAAGAAAAUCCCAAGAAGGAGUUAUUGCUUUCCGGUGUGUUUUGGAUAUCCAGGUGAUGUUUCAGAGCCCGAUAAUGAGUUUUACGGCGAGAAAGGGUGCGUGACAGAUGGGUCGAAACCAAAGAAGAAGAAGAUUUCCGUUGGCAAGAAAAAUUAUGACCGAAAAUGCUUCAGUUUUGGGGGAAAGAAAGUAGCCGGUAAGAACAAGGACCCGCUCGAAAAUGGCAGCCAAAACACGGAUACAAGCGGUGGCUUUUUCUGCUUCAAGUUUCGAAAGUCGAAAUCAGGCCGGAGAACGGUGCCGGAAGAUGAUGCAGUUGCUGAAAAGACCACCGGAAAAUUGGGUUCCCAUCAGAAUACGGUUGCGAUCCCGGUCAUCUUCUCGCCCGAAAUUGUGUCGUUGGAAAAGAGCCUUACAAAAGAGAUUAUCGACCAGUUCACCGAGCCAUCCCCUCAAACUCCUAGAAAACCUCUUUCAGGCUGUCAAACAUCGCCGGAAAACUCGUUUCGUGGCAGAAAAGAAGCCGGAAAAGUCACUGGGAAACCAACUACCGGCCGGAAACCAAAGAGAUCACAAACUACACCAAACUCUCCAGGAAAUGACACAACUCGCCGCAUGGCCUCGUGCUCCUCUUUCCCGCGCUUAGGUGUCCAGCAAACCGCCAAUUCAUUGCCGGACACUUCGAUUUCCGGGAAAGAUCAAGCCGGAGAAUUAGAUCCACUACUGGGUAUGUUCCUCCUAGUGGUGAGCUUUGUAAUCAUGGUCCUUUGGGGUCGUCUCUGUGCUAUAAUUUGUACAUCGGCUUGGCUUUGCCUGAUACCCCGCCUGAAAACGGCUAAAAAUUCCGGCGAAUCCACCGGGAAGUCAGAUUUUCGGAAUGAGAAGCCUGACACCAAUAGUAAAGAGUACAAGAAGAAGGUCAUAAUGGAUGGGUUGCUUGAAAGAAACCAUCGAAAUUAAAUCCAUAUUCUGUACUCUUGUCA